GUCAGUCGCGGUAUUGAUCGAGAGCAAGCCCGGCCUCUAGCGGCCGCGAUUAGUAGCUGGGAGUCGAACGCUGAGCACGUGACGUAACCGCUAGACCGACACCGACACCGUAAGUCACCGUAGAUAGACGGCCGCCGUCAGUCGCCCGUAGAGUACGCGCGCUCGCCGCCAAAGUCUAGAGCGGGUUUCGCGCGCGCAUCUACAUAGUUAGAACAGCCCCGGCCUACCGUUCGGACCGACGCCGUAUUGAUCGCGUCCAGGCUCAUCUGUCUCAAUGUUUAUAAACAGCCGGCCGCAUCAAUUUGUUCCCUCUUGGUUUUACGCGGCGGCCGACGAUCUGGACGGUUGCACCUGAUUGCACUACUCGCGUCCGCACACCGGCCGGCAUCAGUGCACAUCUCACUUGUGUCAAAGUGUUUUAAUACGGACAUUAAAAUAAACUAGUUCGCAUCAAAAUGGACACCAACACAUAAGUUGCGAGUGAGAGUUUUGAAGUUUUAAGACUUUGAGCACAGCAACAAUGCUGUCCUACAUCGUGCCGGUGGAUCAGAAGCCUCCGCCAGUUCCUGGAAAGGGCCGAAUGGCACUCGAACUGGUCGGGAGCCCCGGCAGUCCCGAGUCAGCAGCCAGGAGGGCCAGGACUAAUAUAUCCAAAGAAUCGUCCACUAGCUCCUUCACGAGCGAUCUCACCAUAUCCUCAUCGACUCCUACUGGAGUUUUUGACAAACCAAAGCACAAGCUGCUGAGCAAUGGUACCAAACAUACAUCGUUGAAAAGGGUAUCAUUUGGCAGUUCAAAGGGGUCCAUGGUGGAAACCCUGAUCUACGAGAGUCCAUUGCAGGAAGAGCCCGAGAGCAGUCCUCCGCCGAAGUUCCAGGAGACUUCGUUCCCAUACACGCCCGUCGAAGACGAUUCGGAGCGUUCGAAAGUACGUGUGUCGUUCUACCAGGGGGCACGACCGCAGUGUCUGUCUCCGCCUCCUACAGCGGAGCAGGACUCUUACAUUUUAUACCCCCCCCUGCUGUCCACAGUCAGCGACGAUAUGGCGGAUAACGCUGUGUACAACAGACAGAUUAGUACGGAGAGCGGAUGGGAUAAUCCGUUCCGUCCGGAUGGCGACUUGAGCCGUGAAGCGGACGAGAUAGUCUCGCUCAUCAAGGGCGGCAAGCCCAUCACUCCAACUCCACCGGUCGCGGCUCCACAGUUGCCGACUGACGAACACAAGGAGGAAAAGGCUGAAGCGAAUAAUGUUAACGCCAGUCUCCCUGCGUCUCCACAAACGAAAGUGGCAAGUCCGGUACUACAGACCACUCCGAAAGCAAUGAACGGAACAAAGAAUGGCGCGGCAGUGGUGGAGGCACGCGCCGGUCCGGUGGAAGUGCAGCGCUCUCCCCCUCAGGAGCCUCAGCAGCCCGAACACGUGACCAUAAGGAAGAAGCCCAAGUGUAAGUGCUGUGCGAUACAGUAAGUUCACAAAACCUCACCGGUACUACCGCUACGCUUUCUGACGGUUCCCCGUCUCCCUCUCUCUCUCUCUUUCUCUCUCUCUCUCUCCCCCCUCUGUCGGUGUAUACUCGGUGCUAUUUCGUUUUCAUUCUACGUACGUGAAAAACGUAUCCGACGUUUCUACUAAUUACUGUGUUCAUUUUAAAUUAAUAUAUUAUGACAUCGCAGUCUGUUAUAGGCCCAUAUUUUUAAAAUGUUUUUUUUUCUCUUCUGAAAACGCAUUAAGUUAAGCUUGUAUUCGCAGCUUUUAAGCUGGCACUGUUAUUGCAGUUUUCAUUUUAUUGUUAUCGACAUAAAAAUGUUUUUUUUUUUUCUUUAAUUAUUAUUUUAAUUUAUAAUUUUAAAGUGCUAAGUUUAAUAAACAUUGUUUAGGGUACAAAACAAGAAAGUAUUUAUUUGUCUGCUAGUCUCAUGGAAAUUAUGUUGGAAUGUUAUUACGUUGGAGGAUUUUAAAAAAAUUAAAAACAUGCUAUUUUUUUUUGUCAUUGAUAAUUAAAAAAUAAUUUCAUUCAAAAGAAUCUCAGGAAAAUCACAAGAGCUUAUAAAGAGAGAUGGUUUUAAUUUGAUUUAUUGAAAUUAUGAUGAUUUCAAAUUAAUAAAAUCACAAGUAAAUAUGAUGCACAAUUCAGUGCUGAUUUGAUAUCAUUCGACAGGUUUUCAAACGUAAAAUAUCACAUUUUAAAGAGAUGUAACUUAUUUAAAAGAGUACUGUUUUUUUUUAGAGUUAAAUCUGUGUUGAUUAAUAUUAAAGUGCAUUGUUAGGAGCUGUCGCAUUCGAUUGCUUUAGUUUGUAACAGAGUCAACAACAAACAUAGAUUAUAAUAUGUUUUAAUUUUUAACUAUAUUUACCAUAAACAUAGACUUUUAUAAUUGUUUAGUCUGUAACAGCUAUUUUUUUUUUUCUAUGAAUUAAAUCAGUACCUAUAUAUUUUGGUUGUCAUAAGAUUUCCGAAUUUGAAUGGUGGAGUCGAGUACUCUCUGAGUUAGACAUUUCGGACAUCGGGUCGUCUGCGACUGCUCUGAAUGUAUAUUUUUAUACAUUUAUUUAUAUUAUAUAAUAAAAUAAAAUAAAAAUAGAAGUAUUAUAGAACGUACAGUGUGUUUAAACAUGAUAUCGAAAGACAACAGUGAAAAUAUUAGUGCAAAUUUUAAUUGAAUACUAUUGUUUUUUCAUGCUAAUUUUGAAUGCUGUCUAUUAAGAGAACCGUUAUGCAGCUGAUUAUCGUCAUAGUUUUAGAAUUCUGUUUUUAAUGUAAUAGUUUAAGGUAAAAACUAAUUAUUAUUAUUAUUAUUAUACUAAUAAAAUACAAAGUUGUAAUCGCAUUCAAGAAUAGCUAUGAAUAGAAAAUAUAAACAAUAUAAAUAAAAUAUUCGUUUAAUAUGUAUCGUGAGUAAAUUAUAAAUGAUGUUAGUGUCAAAACUUAGUUUCCUAUACGUGCUUUCGUCCAGUAGUUCAACAAAAAAAUAUAAAUUUCAAUUGCAUCCUCCAUUACUGUUCGAAUCGGUUCGCAGCUGAGCCUACAAAAGUAUUUUCCGAUAGGGACAAAAUAAGACUGUAUUUAUUGCUUACUAUACAUACCGGGUUGCUAUAAGUGAAUGGCUAGCAAAGCGAUAAUGUUAUAUUUAGUACAUUAAUUACGUUGUAAUAAUUAUUGAUGGGACGUUUUUUUUUUGUUUUCGCCAACGGCUUCGGAGAUCACGACGUAACUUAAAUAAAAAAAUAAAAAAAAAACUAAAUUAAAAAGGUAAAAUAUAGUUGGAAUAAAAUAUUAAUUUUUCGUAAAAAUGUCGACUAAUUGAAUACGUUUACGGUUUUAGUGUCGUUAGUUUGUCGUGUUUUUUUUUUUUCUUUUUUCCGAUUACAAUUUUCAUAAGUGAAAGUAUUUACAUUUAGUAACUACAUAUAAGUAUUUUGACAGUUUCAAUUUCAACUAAUAAUAAAAUGUCGGAAACGGUGUUAUGAAAACUUAUAUGAAAUUAAACCGUAAAAAUGUAUUCGAUCUAGUUUGUCUAUUCGAUAUGUGAACAGAAAUCAAGAUAGUAUAAUUGAGUCGACUAUUAUCAAAGCCGGCAAUGUGACUUUUGGACAAUUAUUGGUAAAUCAGAAAAACGAAUUAUUGACUUUGUAUUCCAUUGGCAGUCAUAAAACUCUUCUGAACGACAUCUUAGAUAAAUAACAGGUUAAGUAUUAACCUUUAUUUAAUGCAGGUUUUUUAAUCGUAUUCUUCGAAGGAGACGAUUAUAUUCAAAUCAAUCUGUAUCGCCAUAUCAAUAACAUUUUUUUGUCCAAAUAUACAGAUUGGCCACCUUUGAUAAUAGACGACUCAAUUGACAAGUAUUACAUUUUUAAAGAAUGAAAAACGGAUUGUGGGUAUAUUGUGAUUGUCGGUAAACGUAACGAAAACAUUCACAACAUGUUGUUUACCAACUGGUGUAGCUUUCUAAGGUAGCUAGGUUUAAUUUGUGCUCUUAGUUAGGUUUUAUUUUGUUAACGAAGUGAAUAUAUUAUCGUUCAUUUUAUUAAAAAUAUUAUAUUUAUUUCUUUUAAUUCGUUUUCAUCAGCUGAUUAUGAUUGAAAAGUGAAUUUUGUAACGACCGAGUCAUAGUUGUGGUUGCUGUAUAGACAGGAAUGUUUUAAGUACACAGUCAAAUGGGCCUAGAGAAUAAAUAAUACUUGCUUCACUUCAUUCGGAUCACAGCCUUCACUUCAUUCGGAUCACAGCAUUAAUAUCGACGCUUGAAAGGCAAAUGUGACUAAGUGACAAUGCGUGAACUUUAUAGUAGACUAAUUUAAAGUUGAAAUACCUGAAAAUAAAAUUUAUUUUAACGAAUCUAGCUGUAGUAGAAUCUAGCUAGUAGCUGUAGGAUUUAAAUGAUUUUAAAAGACCUAGAAAUAUAUUUUUUUUGCGCAUCGAAUAUGGUUAUUGCCUAUCAUUUAUGUACCAAGCAGUUAUUGUCGCUUAGUCACGUUUGACUUUCAAGCGUCGAAUUAUUCUAUAGGAACUGUGCGAAUCUGAAAACAGUUGCGUUUCGUAAUUACAAAGGCAUUGUGAAAAGCCAUUUUCGGAUAGCGAUUUCCGAUACUUCAGCCUUUAAAUGUACCUAAUGUCAUUCACAUUUUGAGUUAUUAGAAGUGUAUUAGCGAAAAAUAAAACUGGUAUGGUAAAAAAAAAAAAACUCGAUUACAGUAUUCAAUCAGUACAAGUGAAGUUUGCUUUCGAUGGCUCUUCGAACUCCUGACACGUCCCGCUUGCGACUAUUGUGUUGUACCGUGAAUACUAUUCUCACUGCAUGUAUUAAAUGUAUGUAGUCAAUGUUAAAUAAAAAAACUUGUAUCACAUAUUAGAACUAUCCAUUUUCGAAAGAAAGCAUGCCCCUUAAUAAAGUUUUUUUAUUUUCAAGUAAAAAUACUGGUAUUAAGGUGCAAUAUUUCGUUUCGAUUCGUAGUGUUCAAAUUUGUGUGUUAAAUUUUGAAUUCGAUAUAAUAAAAUAAAAAUAGAUAAAAAAAAGAUGUGUCCCCUUAUUUACUAUUUAAUAUUACUAUUAUUGAAAGAUUAAUAAAAAUUCUUAUUUGUAAUUUUAUUACGUCAUUGUAUAUUAUAUACGUUCUUAUUUUCAAAUUCUGUAUUUAUAAAUACCUACCUGGCUAUUUGUGUAAACACAACUAAAUGACAUUAUAUUUGUAUAAAAAAAUUACUUUCUACUAUUAUCAAUGAUUAUGUACAAAUCAAUAAUUACGUUGUAAUUAUUUAUAUUAAAUCUUUAAAGGCG